AUGAAGUUUUUCGAAAACAAUUUCACCUACGACUACUCCUUCCCCGCCGUGUCCCUCGCCUACUUCCUCCGCUAUCCUAACCCUUAUUCCCGCCAUGUCCUCACCACCGAUGUCAUUGACCGAUACGUCGACCCCAAGACCGAGCGUCUGCACACCAUCCGACUACACCUCAAAAAGUCCAAGAUCCCCUCUGGAAUUCUAAAGCUUCUGCCAAAAGGCAUGGGCGGCUCAGACAGUUCCGGCCAGAGCUAUAUCCUCGAGAAGACCACUGUUGACGCCAAGGAGGGGUGGAUGGAGACCGAGUCCCGCAACAUGGAGUGGACGGGCAUCCUGAGCGUGGUCGAGAAGCAAUGCUACAAGCGACUCCUGUCCCAGGAAGACCGCCUGGCCCUCGAUGGUCUCGACAAAAGCGAACAGACUCAUGUCAAGACUACGGUUACCUUCCGCUCCCGACUCGGUCAGGGCAAGCUGCUCGGGAAGAAGAAGCAGGACACUGGGGACCAUGAAGAGGAAGAGCCUCGCAAGGGAUUCUUCGCGUCCUUUUCCACUGCCGGCAUCCAGCGGACUAUUGAGCUCAUCGGUGUGAGUCGGACUAAGGAGGCCGUAUUGAAGAGCAAGCAGGGCAUGCACAUUGUCCUUGAGCGUCUGCGCAGUGGCGGUGUUGUUGGUGUCCUGGAAGGCAUGCGCCAAGACCGAGAGGCAGCUUUCGGACCUGACGGUCCCUGGAAGCGUGUCUGGCUGCACGGCAAGGAUCGUUCCAUUGAGAACGACAAAUGA